AUGGCCACCGAUGAAGAGCACGCCGUCGAGAGAACACCUCUCUUGUUCCAGGAUCGGAGGCUGAGUUCCAUUGCUCAUGAAGCCGAUGCGGUGUCCGUUAUCUCCUCGCAUGUGAGCAAAGAAGAGCAAGUCUUGGCAGAAACAGCUGUUGGUGAACGUCUACCCUAUAAUGACUACACGACGAUUGACUGGCUACACGACCUUGUCAAAGACUCAUAUCGCCACCGUUCCAUACACGGGGGAAAUGGUCUUCGGGAUUCGCUGGCAUCGGCGUUCGACUCGUGUCAGGGCUGGAUUGCCGCGGCGCUCAUAGGCACGUUAACUGCUUGUGUGGCUUUCCUGGUGGAUAUUGCUGUCGCGACAGUCAGCGACUGGAAGACCGGAUACUGCAGAACCAAUAUUUUCGCAAGCAGGGAAUUCUGCUGUUCGAAGUCCACGUCACCCUUCAAUUCCCUGGAUGAGGCUGGAGAAACUUGUCCUGCAUGGAGAAACUGGUCCAACAACUACUGGUAUGGGUUUGGGGUAUACGUCGCAUUCGCUCUUCUCUUCGGGAUUAUCAGCGGUACUGUGACACUUACGACGAAAAGAGCACUCCCAGCGACUGCGCCGGGUUCCGGAGAUAGGGGCCCGCUACAAAAACAGCCCAAUGCGGGCGACGAUGCUUUGGAUGGUGAUAUAUCCCCAGCCCCAAUGGGCAAAUCAAUCUACAUGGCUGCUGGCAGUGGUAUUCCCGAAAUUAAGACCAUACUCUCAGGAUUUGUCAUUCCCCAUUUCCUCGAUUUCAAGGUUCUGGUGGUCAAGGCUGUUGGUUCUACGUUUGCGGUCUCCACUGGAAUGUGUCUGGGCAAGGAAGGCCCCUUCGUUCAUAUCUCCACCUGUGUCGCCUACCUUGUUGGCACUAGGUUUCCCAAAUACCGUGAGAAUGGACGAAAGUUGCGCGAGAUACUGGCCGCGGGCUGCUCCAGUGGGCUUUCAGUCGCUUUUGGAGCACCGAUUGGAGGGGUCCUUUUCUCUUAUGAGGAGAUUGCAACCUACUUCCCUCGAAAAGUGCUCUGGAGAGCUUUCAUUUGCUCGCUAUUCGCGGCCAUGACCCUCAAGGCUCUCAAUCCGACUGGUACGGGCAAACUCGUUCUGUUCGAAACCAACUACGGAACAACUUACCAACCAUAUCACUACGCUGUGUUCGUUGUUCUAGGAAUUGCUGGGGGCGUUUUUGGUGGUGUAUUUUGCAAGGCAAAUUUCUUCUGGUCGAGGAACUUCCGCAAAUAUAACAUUAUCAAGAACUACCCUGUCUUCGAGGUCUUCUUGGUGGUUCUUGCAACAGCCGUCUUGCAGUAUCCAAAUCCAUUGACACGCGAGCCUGGCGACAUUAUCAUUAAGAAUCUUCUCGUGGACUGCUCCGACGAUUCACGACUGAGCUAUGUGUGUGUUCAAGAACAAGAUCACGAACCGACCCCAAGUUACCUCGGUUGGUUACUGUACGGAACUCUCGUCAAGCUUGUCUUGACCAUUAUAACUUUUGGCAUUAAAGUGCCUUCGGGAAUCAUCAUUCCAGCACUGGAUGGAGGAGCCUUCUUUGGACGCUUUAUCGGUCAAGUCCCGUUUCUGGCGGACACCAUCUCACCAGGAAUUUUUGCCAUGGUCGGGGCAGGUGCCUUUCUUGCCGGAGUGAGUCGCAUGACAAUUUCAUUGGCAGUUAUCAUGUUCGAGCUCACAGGUGAGCUGGAGUUCAUUGUCCCGAAUAUGAUUGGAAUCAUGGUGGCGAAGUGGGUGGCUGACGCCUUGGAAAGCAAUGGAGUCUAUGACCUGGCGCAAACGGUGCUCGGACAUCCUUUCCUAGAUCUCGACCAUAGCAUGAAGCUGGUCCAAAGCGAAGCUUAUCUUGUGGAAGAACUGAUACCUCCUGCACAGACAAUGCAUGAAAUCACGGUAGACGUGCCGGACAGCGGGCUUGUUCCCCGAACUCUGUUGACGGAAAAGCUACAGCAGCUACGUCGUCGUGGUCUUAUGGAUGCCGGACUGGUAUUGGUACGGAUGACCAUGCUCCAAGGAUAUCUUGCUGAAGGGGAGCUCGAGUUUGGGCUCGAGACAGUCGGCCAAAAGUUUCCGGCCCAAGGCCUUGUCCGAUUGUUGCCUAGCACAUCCAGCCACGAACUGGUGCGACAUGAGGGCGAGUUUGACAUGUCUCAGUUUGUUGACCGGACACCAUUGUCCAUCUCAGCCAAAGCGCCAAUGGAAUAUGCGGUGGAGAUGUUUGGGAAGCUCGGAUUGCGCCAUCUCUGUGUAAUUGAGGACGGGAGUGGAAAACUAGUGGGUGUUAUUAUCAAGAAGCGAUUGGUCGUCUGGCUGGAGGGUUUGAAGCAUUGA